AUUGUAAAGGUUGUUUGUUGGUUAUUCCUAAUAAGGAAAAAUUUGCUGGUAAUUCUGAAGAAAAAUUUGUGCCACUUGGAACCCUGGCUAAAAUUAAUUUGGAUAUUACCACGGAUGAUUUGGAACCAAUUCUCAACUCCUUCAAAGAAAUUCAAUUACGGGGAUUGGAAAGAAUAAGAAGGUCGUUAGAUGAAUUGACCGAGAAAUUUGUUCGUCACCUGCCGGACAUUCUGGAAAAAUCCAAAUUGAGUGCGGUUGACAAAUUGCCUUAUAUGACAAUGAUGAGGGGAAAUGUCAGCAAUAUAAUCGAUUUUAUUGCCCAAAAUAGCCGCGAAAUCGACCAAAAAAUUGAUGAGGACCUGGAAAAAGAAACCAAAGAGGAAAUUAAAAAACAGCAAGAAGAUGGAGAAAUGAAAAAAUAUUUGGAGCGUUUGGAGAAAGAAUCUUAUCCGGAUUAUGUGAAAAAAGUUGCUUAUGAAGAAAUUGAACGCUACGAAAUUCUGCAUCCUAGUUCGAGUGAGGCUGAAGGAGAGUCGGCCAGCAAAAAUCUACUGCUUUACGGUCCGCCAGGUGUGGGAAAAACUUCCAUUGCUAAAUCUAUAGCCGAUGCUUUGGGGAUACCAUUUCUGGUUUUUUCUGCCGCAGGAGUUAAUGAUGUUUCAAUAAUAAAAGGUCAUAUUCGCACCUAUGUAGGUGCUAUGCCGG